AUGGAAGGGAAAGUGGACCAGGAGAGCUCAGAGGAUCCCAGUGGUCAGUCUGCCCAGAAGCAUGAAACACAACUGGACUCCAUAUUUAUGGUGCGGGAGGACAAAAUCAUCACUUUUGUGAAAAACGAGCUGAAGAAGAUGCAAAAUGUUCUGAAUCCAGAUUACCCAGAAUGCUUAGAGAGUCAGAGGGAGGAUGAUGAACAGAUGAGCAGCAGAGAGGCAUUUGUGAAGAUCACACUGGACUUUAUGAGGAGAAUGAAUCAGGAGGAGCUGGCUGACCAUCUGCAGAGCAUGGAGGAGAUCCAGCAGUCCCUGACAUCAGGAAGUCUCUCCACAGAUAAACUGUCUCCUGCUCAGUGGUCAGCUCUGGCCUUCAUCUUACUGUCAUCAGAAAAAGAUCUGGAUGAGUUUGACCUGAAGAAAUACUCUGUUUCAGAGGAGGUUCUUCUGCGGCUGCUGCCAGUGGUCAAAGCCUCCAACAAAGCUCUACUGCGUGAUUGUAACCUCUCAGAGAGAAGCUGUAAAGCUCUGUCCUCAGCUCUCAGCUCCCCGUCCUGUAACCUGAGAGAGCUGGACCUGAGUAACAACAACUUGAAUGAUGCAGGACUAAAUAUGCUGAAGAGUCCAGACUCUACAAUUAUCAGGGAGGGGCCUGCUGGAGUCCGAUGGUUGAGGCCAGGUCUGAGGACGUGCUGUGUGCAAAAUGCCACACUCUUCAAACUGAGGCGUUGA